AUGUCUCUAUCUAUACUCCAAAAAAUAGGCAGGUACUCCAAAGCUUGCAGUUUACUCUCAUUAAGAUCCAUGGCAAACCAGUCCUUCAACAACAUAGGCCUCAGAUCUUUCUCUUCCUUCUCAUCAACUACUACUAGUACUAUCUCUUCAUUAAUAAACCAGUCGUAUAUGACCAAUACUUUUAGCAGCGGGCUUACCACCACCCCGUUAGCAUCAUCAUCAUCAUCAUCAUCAUCCUUGAUACUCCCUUCCACGUCUCCCUUUAUGAUUAACCAAAAAAGAUGGAAAUCAAGAGGGAACACUUAUCAACCAAGUACUUUGAAAAGAAAAAGGAAAUAUGGGUUUUUAUCAAGAAUGAGAGAUAGACAAGCAUCUAAAAUCUUAAAGAGAAGAAAAUUGAAAGGUAGAUGGUUCUUAUCUCAUUGA